UAACAGAGCGAUGGAAAGUACUUCAGACAUCCGGACUAAACAAGUGAAGCGGCAGCGCUGACCGGCUAGAACGCGCCGCGCAGGCACUGCCAUCCGUGUCACGUGGGGCGUCGGGUGCGUGCCUGUUGCCUUGGCGACUGGGGCAGCAUUCGAUGAAAAGGCAGCAGCGCUGGAAGCACCGCGGUACGGAAUCUGAAACCUGGCAGUAGAACCACUCCAACAUAAUAGGCUGUUUGCCACUGAACCGCGUCAGGUCUCCCGCCAGCAGUGAGUAGGAGAUGCAGAACGGGAGGCUGUACCCCCUAGUGCCCGUGAGCAGGGACAGGGUGGUCUCCAAGUUUCCUAAGUGCUACACUCCUCAGGCCUGCCUACAGAUGAAGGAUCACUGGCACUCCCACGUAAAAAGUGCCUGUCAGGACCGUGCGGUCAGGAGUGCCGGGAUGGCCAUGUCUAAGGUGGUGGUGGUUGGGGACCUCCACGUGGGGAAGACAUGUCUCAUCAACAGGUUUUGCAAGGACAUGUUUGACAGGUACUACAAGGCCACCAUUGGGGUGGACUUCGAGAUCGAGAAAUUCGAGGUGGCUGGCAUGCCAUUUUCCCUCCAGAUCUGGGACACGGCUGGCCAAGAGAAGUUCAAGUGCAUUGCAUCCGCCUAUUACAGGGGUGCCCAGGUGAUUAUUACAGUCUUUGAUAUGGCAGACAUUAAAACCUUGGAGCACACACGCCAGUGGCUGGAGGAGGCGAUGGAGGAAAACGAGCCUGCGAUGUGUUUCGUGUUCCUGGUCGGGACCAAGCGUGACUUGCUGUCACCAGCUGAAUGUCAGAGGACAGAGAACGAUGCCGUGAGAAUGGCGGCAGACAUGCACGCAGAGUUCUGGUCUGUUUCUGCAAAAACAGGGGAGAAUGUGCAGGACCUCUUCUUCCGUGUGACAGCACUGGCAUUCGAGGACUCUGUGCUGCAGGACCUGGAGAGAGCUGGCACCCCCAGCGGGAUAGGGGCAGAAGGCCUCAUCAGGAUUGACGGCACCUCGGCAGAGGGAUCCCAGUCUGGUGCUAAGAGGACACUGUCCUGCUGCUGAUGCAAGGGAGGGGAUAUCCGAAGAAUGGAUCACCUUCAAGUGUGCCCAGAAGGGGCCCAAAUCUCCAAAGGGACAAGCCGCCACAGAGCAGGACUCGGAAGAGGUCCAUUAUACCCUCCGGCCACUAGGUGGCCACGUGAUCUGCCUGGCCAGCAUAUCCAGUCGCCAUGGAUCAUGAAUUGUGUUUUAAUGCCCUCUUCAGUAUUGCCUGCUAAGCUGAAAAAGCCUUUGUAUCGAAGACCGAUUGUGUCCUUUUGUGAGACGUCGACCACACUGCCUGCAAAGUGCUCCUAAAGUAACAGGCAUAUAUUGUUAUAGCAGUUUUCAGGACAAUUAGCGUUAAAAGUAAUAGUUACUAGAUACUAACUGGACUCUUCCUGAAACACAUGUUAGCCUGGCUGACUGGGCUUCUUAUACAAAUUGCUGUUGUCUUAUGACCAAUAAAGGUUAUUUUACCAA